AUGGAUUUUGAGCAGUACGGGCAGAGCUCCCCUCGGCCUCGCCAGCGGCGGAAACGCGCCGCCAAAAGGCGCAUUCGAAAUAGAAACCCGGUGACUGCACGACUGGCGCUAGAUGGACAGCUGCGUGGCAAUGUCGGUCUCCUAUCGGAGGACUUGGCCAAGGACCUCUUCCCGCAACAAUCACUUCAAGAUGUUGCGACACAUGAUGGGAUCCAUUAUAUAGCUGUUUCCCCGCAUUCCCCGAUCCUUUCUUCGGUGGAAGACGCGGCUUGGACAAUCUUGCCUGUGCGAAUACACAGCUCAGAGCGCUCCCAGACUGCAAUCUCACAAUCUACGGUCCUAUUCCCCGAUUCUGCCGACACGCUACAGCCCUUUGUCCAGGCGCUUACGAAGCUCGACGGGUCGCGCAAUGCGCUCCAGACUCACCGGUCGGUAGAGAUCCGACUGCUUGACGUGGCCCCGCUACACCUCGAUACCGUGUAUGUCACGGUGGAGAAACAUCUGCUGCGUAACCACGACGAUGUACAGAGCAGGUUUGGCGGUGGAUUUUCUUCCAACGCCACCAGCACCAAUGGAGUGUGGUUGAAAAACGCCAAAACCCUCGACGCAAGAAAACCAGGGAAAAAGACAACCGCGGAUGCCGAGCAGCGAUUGACUGCGGCCGUUCGCGAGGCAUUGGCUACACAGCGACUUGUUCACAUGGGCGAUGUCCUGCCUCUUCCCCUUCCUCCACACCCGAUCACUUAUGCGCCCGCCCCGCCGGCACGUGUAUCCUUCUGCGAGCCGGUAUCCCAAGGUCUUCUAGGACCAACCACAAAGGUAGUGCUUGUGCAAGCUCGUUCACAGCAGGGGAACCGGGCUCAGCCGCACGUUUUGCCCACUCGAUCCGCGCUCCUGCGACACGUGGUAGAAGAUGAAGCAGACGACACCUCCAAUGAACAAUUCUUUUCCGCCGCCGAAGAAAAGGCCGGAGAAAGUGGCGCGGAAACCGAGGCAGUGUCGGCUGCGGAGGAGUCUGAGACCGAGGGAUCAGUAACCUCAACUAGUGAUGAUUCCGAUGACUCUCUAGAAGAUAUGAUCUCCCUCUCGGCGCCAGAGCUGCCCCAGCCACCCUCGGGUGUUAUGUCCUCAAUGACCUCGGCAACACCUCGCGCCGGUGGCCGGCGAAUGGACGGUAUUCAUACCCCGGGUUCCGUAGCAUCAAAUUUCACUUCUGCUACCAUGCGCCCCGGUCGUGGUGGCGGGAAAGUCUUCAAGGUGGAGGGUCUCUUGCAACAGGUCCCAAACGAAGCUCUGCACCCGCGACCACGCGACGACGAAGAUGUGGAUUCGUUCAUCUUUGUCGACAUUAACACGCUUGCCAAGAUCGGCUGCUUCUCUGGCGACUGGGUCAAAAUUGAGGCCGCCGAGGAGCCGCAACAAAAUAUGUUCGCAUCGCUCAAGUUUGGCAGUCUCAACAAUGACAUGACAGAGGAAGCGGGAGAUUGGCGACCCGUCAAGGUGUUUGGCCUGCCCGGUCUUCCAUCAGCCAAGCCACGCUACGCCAUCAACCAAGCGGGCGAUCGUCGCUCAAGUAUCUCGCACUUGGGUCCAACACGUCUUACACCGUCGGUCUUUGUCCCUCCAAUGCUGCUCAGUAAUAUCGAAAAUCCCAAAUAUCUCCGCAUCUCUCCAAUGAAUUUUGCGACUGCCACCAACAUCACAAAACCGGGUCUUUUGCAUCACAUGAAGAAUAGCUCUAUCAAGAACCCACCAUUGGCGAAGGAGGUCACCCUUCUCAAGAUUUCCACACCCUUGUCGAUGGACCGAGUUCUUCAGCCGGCCCUUUUUGCUGGGUUGAAACAGUACUUUGAGUCUCGGCGACGGAUCUUGAAAAGUGGCGAUCUUGUCGGUAUUCACGUGGAUGAAGGAUUGGGCCGCGCUGUGUUUUCUGGUACAGCGGCGGGUGAAGGUGCUGGCCCAGAAGAUGACAUUACAGCUAAGCUGAGCCAGGAGAGCAAGUCUGGAGGUGGUCGGGAACCCCGUCAGGUUGGUGUCGCCUGGUUCCGCGUAGGCCAUGUAGCCCCCACCAGCACAGAAGAAGUGGAUGAAGCGGGCGAGGACAUGUGGGGAGGCGUUGCGGUCAUCGAUCCUAGCAGCACCCGGAUGGUCCAGGCGGGGAGCGAUGUCAGUCGUGUGCCUGGCAACAUGGGUAACGGCUGGGAGUACUGGCUUGGCGUCAAGACUGUCCCCAAGACACCUAGUGAAGCCAUGGCUCCCCAUGGAAUUGUGACGGAUCUCCCACAAGGCUUCACGGGCCCCUUACAGCCCCGGAUUCGUGACUUGAUGGCUGCUGCCACGAGCCCGAGGGCCAUUCAGCUAGGCAUGAAGCCCGUUGUCAUUCUGUUGAAAUCCCAGCAGCGACACAUUGGCAAGGCAACUGUCGCAACACGCGCCUGUGCAGAUAUUGGCCUUCACACAUUCCCCAUCGAUGCCUAUGACAUUCUUACCGAAGGUGGUGCGAAUGGUGGUGACGUGAAGACCGAGGCAUACCUCAAAGCUCGUGCCGAACGCGCGUUUCACUGCGGUGCAAACUGCACUGCUUUGCUGAUAAAGCACAUCGAGGUCUUGACAGCGGACCGUAUUGUGACUGCUAUGAAUGAGAUUCUUGGGGAGGCUCGAGUCAUUAUCGCCACCACGACUGACGUGGAGCAAAUUCCAGAGGGGAUUCGCAGUCUUUUCACCCACGAGUUCGAGAUGGGUGCACCCGAGGAGAAGGAGCGAGAGGGUAUCCUACGCAACGUGGUCGCGGAGCGUGGGAUUAAACUGGCUGCCGAUGUCGAUCUGGGAACCGUGGCACUCAAAACUGCUGCUUUGGUCGCCGGAGAUCUUGUGGACGUCGUUGAGCGAGCUGCGACUGCGCGCACCGCUCGCCUCGAGGCACUUGCCGAAGCAGCAACGAAGCAGCUUUCUGGCCAAGAAGUAUGCGUGAGAGAUGUUCUCGUCGCUGGCGGAGAUGGCGCUCGUGGAGUUACAAAGGCCGAUUUCGACUUUGCUGUGGAGGCGGCUCGCAAGAACUUUGCUGAUUCUAUCGGUGCACCUAAGAUCCCCAACGUCAGCUGGGAGGACGUUGGUGGCUUGACAAACGUUAAAGAUGCUCUCAUUGAAACGAUCCAGCUCCCUCUUGAACGCCCAGAGCUUUUUGCCAAGGGUAUGAAGAAACGCAGUGGUAUUCUAUUCUACGGGCCUCCAGGAACUGGCAAAACACUUUUGGCCAAGGCCAUUGCGACCGAGUUCUCUCUGAACUUCUUCUCAGUGAAGGGGCCAGAAUUGCUCAAUAUGUAUAUUGGUGAAUCUGAGGCGAAUGUUCGCAGAGUCUUCCAACGUGCGCGUGACGCCCGGCCAUGUGUUGUCUUCUUUGACGAGCUGGACUCUGUUGCGCCCAAGCGUGGCAACCAGGGAGACAGUGGCGGUGUCAUGGAUCGUAUUGUCAGUCAGUUGCUCGCUGAGCUGGAUGGCAUGAACGGUGGCGAGGAAAACAGCGGCGGCGUCUUCGUUAUCGGUGCGACCAACCGUCCUGACUUGCUGGAUUCAGCCCUGCUGCGUCCAGGUCGUUUCGACAAAAUGUUGUAUCUGGGUGUGUCUGAUACGCACCGAAAGCAGGCAACCAUUCUCGAGGCCCUUACUCGAAAGUUUGCACUCAACCCGGAUGUGUCUUUGGACCGUGUGGCAGAACGCCUCCCUCUCACGUAUACCGGUGCUGACCUGUACGCGCUUUGCUCUGAUGCCAUGCUCAAAGCGAUUACGAGAAAGUCGACCGCCGUCGAUGAAAAGAUCCGACAGCUCCCUGGUGGACCUGUCUCCACUGCUUACUUUUUUGACCACCUGGCAACACCCGAGGACGUUUCUGUGACGGUGACGGAAGAAGACUUCCUCUCCGCGCAAGGGGAACUCGUGCCCAGUGUCAGCGCCAAGGAACUAGAGCACUUUGAAAGAAUCCGCCAAACAUUCGAGUCGGUCGACAAGAAGCAGGAUACCGCCAACAACGGUUCUCAGACGAUAGCAGAGGCCAUGGAAGCAUUUAAUCGUGACACGACUGGCUCACCUGUCCCAUUGGGGUCGCCCACCAGUAAUGGUGAUGGCGCUAUGAUCGGCAGUAUCCACGGCCGGAUCAAGGGCUUGAAGCAAUGGCCCGGUGGCGCUGUUCGCAGCCCCAGUAGCCACUCGAUUAGUAGCAGCAAGGGCAAAGGCAAGGUUGCUGCUGGCAAGAAGGGCAAGAGUUCAGCAGUGAAUGGCGACUCUGAUGCCUCAUUGGAAGGUGAUGAUGAAGAUAUGACUGAUGGCCGGAUGGAAGAGGACGAGGAAGAGGACGAUUACAUCGUUCGCACCCAACAUCUUGCCAAUCCCAUGGAAGAGGUUGAGUAA